UUGGCCGUACAGCUGAGGGAGAACCUGUCUAACCUCAUUCUGUUUUCAGAGUUAGACUUUCAGACUCUGAUAGAUGUCAAAACAGAGGACCUCAGCAGAGAGAUGGCCAUGUCACCCCAAAAGACAGGAAUGCUGCAGGAUACACUUCAACGGCUUCUGGACCGCCGGGAAGAAGAGCGUCAGUGCAAGGAGCUUCUACAGCUGUAUCUGGAGGCUGUGGGAAAGGAUGAUGUAGAUGGCCCCCGGCUUCCAGGGGCAUCAAAGAGCAUGGCUGAAUCUGAUAACGAGGAGGAAGGGACAAGCCACAAGACUCCACUCCCCAGCCAAGUACUUAGACUAUUAAAGGAAAAAAAAAUGCCACAUCUCAGCUUAUCAAACGAACAGCUGGAAGCUGUUUGUGCUCAGGACCCCCGGUUGCCUUGGCAGUGGACUUAAACUGCAGUUUGCAGGACGCCCAACAGAUGCAGACCGUGUGCCAGGAACAGCUACAGCUGCGGUAUGAGCAAGUGCAAUGUAUGAACUCUCUGGCAAGCAGUACUGCGAACAAGAGGAAACAUCAACCCUGA